UUUUUGAAGGAAAAUGCAUAGCUUAAAAAAUAGAUUCAGUGCUAUCUGAUUCUUUACCCUUAUCUGCAUGGCAUGACUAUCUUUGUUCAAUUGGGGCACAGCAGUGAUACAAAGAAAGCCGAUAGAUGCUGACUUUUCAUUAAACAAAAUGUCUAAGUUCGGUGUCCAUCCUUAUUUAAAUGAAGAUUUUGCCCAGUUUAAGUUUAAUCUUCAGAGUGAUUUGACUGGUGUCUUUGACUGGAAUACUUAUGAUCUCUUUGCUUUCUUAACUGUUGAAUACGAGAGCAAUGACGGUAGAAAAACAGAGGUAACGGUUUGGGAUGACAUUAUCCUCAGAAAGAACACAAAGCAGCAUAAAAUUGACUAUAAAAAUAUGCAAGUUGAGUAUUUGCUUUCUGAUAAAAACAAAGAACUCAGAGGUAAGACAGUUCAGGUCUACUUCAAUGUUGACCACAUGCCUGUCGUUGGAUUCACCCAGAAACAGAGAGUUCAUGUUGGUAACUUUACACUUCCUGAAGAGUACUUGGCGUCAUACUCUGCAAAGAGAUAUUAA